UAUAAAAUAUUUUGAAGAUGUAUUUAAGCAUAAAAGAUAUUUGUGACUUCGCGGAAUGUUCGACGCGUAAUUUUAUUGGAGGUGAAAAUUUGUUGAACUGUGAUUAUUUAUUGGCAUAGCAAAACAAACCGAAGACAUCUAUAAUUUGCUUUAUUUCUGCUUACAAAUCUCUAACAUGAGAGAUCCACCUUAUCAAGUAAAAAUCAAUAUAAAUGCAAACGGAACGAUGAACUCAGCCGAAUGUACAUGUAAGGCUGGUUUAAAUGUCAAGUGCAAGCACAUAGUUCCUAUGUUAUUGUUUUGCAAUCGGAGAGACAUCGAAAAAUUAGAUAAAAUAUCUUGUACUGAUAAAAAAUGCGUGUGGAAUUUCGCCCAUACGGCGGCAUUGGACACUUAUAAGGCAGCUCCACUAGCAGAACAUAAAUGUUUUAACAUUGAAAAAUCAAAAGCGAGAAAAGCUCAUUUAUUAAAUCGAAAUUAUCCAUCAUUUCAUCGUCAUAUGUGACACAUUUGUAAGACAUC